AGCGAGGGAGAGAGAGAAAGAGAGAGGGAGAGAGAGAAAGGAGAGAAGAGAGAGCGAGCACGAGGAAGGGGGGAGGGGGAGACAAGCAGGGGGAGUGCGGGGCGAGAAAGAGGUCGGAGGGGAAAGGAGGGGGAGAGACGACUCAGAAAGUGGAAUCUGUACAAGCAACCUAGAGGAGGAGAAGGAAAACCCUGAAUCGUUAUAACUACACCCCAGAUGCAACGCAAGCAACGACUUCGUCACACUAAAACGGAUUUUGUGAGAGCCAAAAGUAUAAAUUACGAAGCAGAAAUGAUUAUCAAACAACUUCCAGUGGUUUGCACCUAAAGAAAUACAAGAAGAACCCACUACAAACAAACCAAUCCAGUCCAAACAACGCCUCCAGUAGGAAAAGAGGAAAACUGAGACAACACGACCCCCUGAGAAGAGAGGAGACCAACACGCUGAGACUGCGGGGCGUCAGCAAACCUCCAAGUGCACGGCGGACUGAGUUGUACUUCGCAGCUCUCUGAACAUUAAUUACCUCCUGCACCUUCCACUUGGGGGAGGGUGAGGAAGAAGGCAUUCACCUACACUGAGCGAAGAAGUCCUACCAGCGUGGAAGAAAAGUUUAAGAAUGAACCACUGAAUGUUUCGCUUUUAUUUUUAAAUUUACUUUGGCACUUAAAAAACUUCGUUUUCAGAUUUCUGGGCAAUCUCGGCUGCAGACAUCUAAGCCUAACCUUUUGGUAUCCUGAGUUUUUUUCUCUUUCCUUCUCCUUCCUCACCCCCAUCCCGCUUCUCUCGCAUACCGUCUUUACAUAUCAUAAGAGAGAGCAAAAAGGUCCCAGGAGGUACUUUUUUUUUUUUUAGAAAAUCAUCUUUUCUCCCCUAAUUUUUCUGCAGAAGAAAAAAGGUUUCGAAAGAGGGAAAAGGAAAAAACAAGCCGGCUACAGUAUCAGCCGGUCAGCCCAGGUGGAAAACAAGAGUGAAAGUGGGGCUUAACCGGGAGCGCACCGCCUCUUUCGAAAGCCGCUGGGCCACCACCAGUGCGUGAGCCUUGGAUCCCUCAACGUAUUGCGAGACGCCGGUGUAUAGCCCGGACCUGUGCCCCAACAUGAUUGCCGCUCAGGCCAAGCUGGUUUACCAGCUCAAUAAAUAUUACACUGAGCGCUGCCAGGCGCGCAAGGCGGCCAUCGCCAAAACCAUUCGAGAGGUCUGUAAGGUGGUCUCGGACGUGCUCAAGGAAGUGGAGGUGCAGGAGCCUCGCUUCAUCAGCUCCUUGAGCGAGAUCGAUGCCCGCUACGAGGGGCUUGAGGUCAUUUCACCCACUGAAUUUGAGGUGGUGCUCUACCUAAACCAGAUGGGCGUCUUCAACUUCGUGGACGACGGCUCGCUACCCGGCUGCGCGGUGCUCAAACUGAGCGAUGGGCGGAAGCGCAGCAUGUCUCUCUGGGUCGAGUUCAUCACAGCGUCGGGCUAUCUCUCAGCGCGUAAGAUCCGCUCGCGUUUCCAGACGCUGGUGGCCCAGGCGGUGGACAAGUGCAGCUAUCGGGAUGUGGUCAAGAUGAUUGCGGACACCAGCGAGGUCAAGUUGCGCAUCAGAGAGCGCUAUGUGGUGCAAAUCACUCCGGCGUUCAAGUGUACCGGGAUCUGGCCUCGAAGCGCGGCACAGUGGCCUAUGCCCCACAUCCCCUGGCCCGGCCCCAAUAGGGUGGCCGAGGUCAAGGCCGAAGGGUUCAACUUGCUCUCGAAGGAGUGCUACUCGCUGACCGGCAAGCAGAGCUCGGCAGAGAGCGACGCCUGGGUGCUACAGUUCGGAGAGGCGGAGAACCGCCUGCUGAUGGGAGGCUGCCGAAACAAGUGCCUCUCAGUGCUGAAGACUCUGCGGGACCGCCACCUGGAGCUACCCGGCCAGCCGCUCAAUAACUACCACAUGAAGACGCUGCUGCUGUACGAGUGCGAGAAACACCCGCGAGAAACGGACUGGGACGAGUCGUGCCUGGGCGACCGGCUCAACGGCAUCCUGCUGCAGCUCAUCUCCUGCCUGCAGUGCCGCCGCUGCCCUCACUACUUUCUGCCCAACCUCGACCUCUUUCAGGGCAAGCCCCAUUCGGCCCUGGAGAGCGCUGCCAAGCAGACCUGGAGGUUGGCCAGGGAAAUUCUCACCAAUCCCAAAAGCCUGGACAAACUAUAGGGUGCUGGGGACUGCUUGAAAAGCGACACAAACGGGCGUGCUCUCUCAGACACACAACACACAACUCAGCGAUAAACAGCAGAAACUCUGGACACAAACUUUUAUGUAAGUCACCUGAAAUAGGAAUCAGGCAGAAGACCUUCGUUAAUUAAGAAGCAAACAAAAAGAGAGCAACCCAACCAAAACAAAUCACAUUCUUGCACAAAAGUGAUCGUUUUCUUCCAAACAAUGUGAAUUUAAAAGGUCACACAAAAGAAGCAAUCGGGCUGUGCCACCACAAAAUGAAACCCAAGGUACAUUUUCAAAUCAAUGUAUAGUAGUUUCCCCCUUUUCCUUCUUUCCCCCUAUCCUUUUUCUCUUCACCCCAUCCCCCCUCAUAUUUCGUUUUGCUUUUGGUUGCCUGAAUGUUGUCACCAAGUGAAAAAAUUAUUUAACUAUAUGUGAAAUUUCUCUUUUAAAAAAAGUUUUACUGAUGUUAAACGUAUCUCAGUGCCAAUGUCAGACUGUGCCCCUCCCUCUCCUGCACCUCUACCCUCACCCUGAGCUGUCUUGUUGAAAACAGUAAUAAAAACAUUACUUUACAUUGUAA